AUGCACGUUCAUAAUGGACGCUGCUCGAUGCUCUUGACCGCGCUCACAGCCGCCCCGCACCUCGCCGGCUCAGUACAAACGCUACAAAUCGAUUGCCAGCUCGAAGGCGCGUACCCAUAUGGCAAGCUAUCCCUCGAACGAGACGCGAUUCGGGAGAUUCUCGCCAAACUUGCGAAUCUACAAAACUUGACUAUCUUUAUCCUGGACGAUCCGCGAUCAACGUUUGAGCAAAUGGACGCAUCAUCCGAGAUUGCUCAAAUGUAA